CAUGUAAAAAGCAUUGGUUAGAUAGGCGAUUGAUUACAAGUUUCCAUUCUGUAUAUUCUGUGAUCUGUGCUCCGGCGACCCGUAGAAAAGUAAACAGAAUCAGAAGAAACAGAUCUUGACUGGCAAAUUUUGUUGAAUUUUAUUAAGUGUUUCUGUAUGAAAAGAUAACUUAUUCGAUCUGAAAAAGAACAGUUCAUAACGUUGAAAUUUAUGUUUCAAAUACAAAAGUAACUUGAGGUUUUUCAUUUUUCAUGUAGGCCUACUUAUUAUUCAGAUGUCAAAUAGGCCUAAAUUUCAUAAGAAUUAAAAGAAUUUUUCACAUUCUACUCUCAUAAUAACCAAAUAUGGAGACAAUUUUUCACGAAAAGCAAGAAGGCUCACUUUGUGCUCAACACUGUUUGAAUGCACUUCUUCAAGGGGCUUAUUUCACUCCAGUUGAUUUAGCCACUUUAGGCCAGCAAAUGGACGAUGAGGAGAGAAUGAGAAUGGCGGAGUCUGGAGUUGACACAGAUGAAUACAGGAGGUUCCUUCAGCAACCAUCGGGCAACAUGGAUGACAGUGGUUAUUUCUCAGUGCAAGUGAUAAACAGUGCCCUGCACGUGUGGGGCCUCGAGCUCGUGCCUUAUGAAAGCUCCGAGUCUAGAGCGGUCAUGGCUCAGCAGAACCCUACAGAAAUGAACGCUUACAUAUGCAACUACAGAGACCAUUGGUUCACGAUAAGAAAGUUGGGUCAUCAAUGGUUCAACCUCAAUUCUUUGCUCAAAGGACCCGAACUUAUUUCUGACACAUAUCUGUCAUUAUUCCUAGCCCAACAACAGCAGGAAGGCUACUCGAUAUUUGUGGUGUUGGGUGAUCUGCCGGCGUGCACGGCUGACGAGAUGCUGCGGCUGAUGCCAGCAGUGGCAGGGCAGGGUCAUCGCCUGGGGGGCCGAGGCCCAGGGGCUGCCGUCGAGGCUGAGCAAGACCCCGAGCUGGCGGCGGCACUCAGGAUCAGUCUCUGUGAUGAACGGGCGAUGCAGCUCAGCCUAGAAAGGUAAUAGAAAGCCUAAUGCAUCACACAA